CGCUGCCGCUGCCCAGGGGCGGCCAGAGGUGUCGCGCGCCGCAGCUUCAGCACCAGCAGGCGGAGCAGCGCCGCGCGAGGGAGCUCGGCGGCAUCCGUGCGGCGGCGGCGGCGGCGGCAGCAGCAGCAUGGCCGAGCCAGCGGCGGCGGCGGCGGCGGCGGCGGCGGUGCCCCUGUCCCCCCCCGGGCCGGAGGGCGAGGAGGGCCACGUCCGCUUCGCCCGCAAAGGCGCCCUUCGCCAGAAGAACGUGCACGAGGUCAAGAACCACAAGUUCACCGCCCGCUUCUUCAAGCAGCCCACCUUCUGCAGCCACUGCACCGACUUCAUCUGGGGAUUUGGAAAGCAAGGUUUCCAGUGUCAAGUUUGUUGCUUCGUUGUCCACAAGAGGUGCCAUGAAUUUGUGACCUUCUCCUGCCCGGGAGCCGACAAGGGCCCUGCCUCUGACGACCCUCGGAGCAAGCACAAGUUCAAGAUCCACACCUACUCCAGCCCCACCUUCUGUGACCACUGCGGCUCCUUGUUGUACGGGCUUAUCCACCAGGGGAUGAAAUGCGACACCUGCAUGAUGAACGUGCACAAGCGCUGCGUCAUGAACGUGCCAAGCCUCUGCGGGACAGACCACACCGAACGCAGAGGCCGGAUACACAUCAAGGCAGACAUUGAGAACGAAGUCUUGACCGUUAUUGUCCGAGAUGCUAAAAAUCUUGUUCCUAUGGAUCCCAAUGGCUUGUCAGACCCAUAUGUGAAACUCAAACUUAUACCUGACCCCAAAAAUGAGAGCAAACAGAAGACUAAAACUAUCAAAUGUUCUUUGAACCCUGAGUGGAACGAGACCUUCAGAUUCCAGUUGAAAGAGUCUGACAAGGGCAGGCGACUAUCCGUGGAGAUCUGGGACUGGGAUCUGACCAGCAGAAAUGAUUUUAUGGGAUCCCUGUCCUUUGGAAUUUCAGAGCUGCAGAAAGCCGGAGUGGAUGGCUGGUUUAAACUCCUAAGCCAGGAAGAGGGAGAGUACUUCAAUGUUCCUGUCCCCCCUGAAGGUGAAGAAGGCAAUGAAGAGUUCAGGCAGAAGUUUGAGAGAGCCAGGAUCGGUCCAGGUUCAAAGGCUGUGGAGGAGAAGACACCAAACACCAUCUCCAAAUUUGACAACAACGGGAGCCGUGAUCGCAUGAAACUCUCUGACUUCAACUUCUUGAUGGUGUUGGGUAAAGGCAGCUUCGGAAAGGUGAUGCUUUCAGAAAGGAAAGGAACAGAUGAACUUUAUGCCAUAAAGAUUCUGAAGAAGGAUGUGGUCAUCCAAGAUGAUGACGUGGAAUGUACCAUGGUGGAGAAGCGAGUGCUGGCACUAGCUGGAAAGCCCCCCUUCCUCACACAGCUUCAUUCUUGCUUCCAAACCAUGGAUCGCCUGUAUUUUGUGAUGGAGUACGUGAACGGUGGCGAUCUCAUGUACCAGAUCCAACAGGUUGGGAGAUUCAAGGAGCCCCACGCUGUGUUCUAUGCAGCUGAGAUCGCCGUGGGCCUUUUCUUCCUGCACUGCAAAGGGAUCAUUUAUCGGGACCUGAAACUUGACAAUGUGAUGCUUGACUCCGAGGGCCACAUCAAAAUUGCUGAUUUUGGCAUGUGCAAAGAGAAUAUCUGGGAUGGAAUCACCACCAAGACUUUCUGUGGCACGCCCGACUACAUUGCUCCUGAGAUAAUUGCCUAUCAACCCUAUGGGAAAUCUGUGGACUGGUGGGCCUUCGGCGUCUUGCUGUAUGAGAUGUUGGCGGGGCAGGCACCUUUUGAGGGCGAAGACGAAGACGAGCUCUUCCAGUCGAUCAUGGAGCACAAUGUGGCCUAUCCCAAAUCCAUGAGCAAAGAAGCGGUGGCAAUCUGCAAAGGGCUCAUGACCAAGCAUCCGGCUAAGCGGCUGGGGUGUGGCCCUGAAGGAGAACGGGAUAUCAAAGAGCACGCCUUCUUCCGAUAUAUUGACUGGGACAAACUUGAGCGGAAAGAAAUUCAGCCUCCUUUCAAGCCCAAAGCUAAGGACAAACACGACACUUCCAACUUCGAUAAGGAGUUCACAAGGCAGCCUGUGGAACUCACGCCCACGGACAAACUCUUCAUCAUGAAUUUGGACCAGAACGAGUUUGCAGGCUUCUCCUACACUAAUCCCGAGUUUGUCAUUCACGUUUAGGCAGCCUGGCAAAUCCUCCUGCCAUUGCGUUCGUGGGGCUGAACUCUGGGAUGCCAUGCGUGCGUGUGUGUGUGUGUGAAUGCACGCAUGAACCCACCCACACUCUCGCAGUGUUUAGUCUUCCGGGGUUGUCGGUGCAUACCCUUGCCUGUCCACCUGCCCAUAUAGGAGCAGAGGGGCUGGGGGUCUUCCAUGUCCCUUCCUCUUUGUAUGCACAAAUGGAUAGAGAUACCCUGAUCAAUAGAAAGACCUCCGCUUGUUCUCUGAAUGGUCAAAGUGGCUGGCGUUUUCAGAAUCUCUAGCCAAUGUACUACUGUAUGAUUUCACGACUGUGGUCUCAGAGUACCAGAUUUACUUCUGUCUUUGUAUUUUGAAAUUUCUCUGAAACUGAAACGCUGAUCUUUUGUGUCUUGGAAUGCUAAGCAUGUUUCAUAGCCUCCACACGUAUGCCCGCAGCUUUUUGAACUGUGACCCCAUAUUAUUGUUUGGUGGUUGCUCAAAGAUGUCCAGGGGUCAAAAAAAUCAAUAUGGUGGUCACAACCAUGGGAUCAAAGUCGCACCCCUUUUUACAUCAUGCACCAUAUUGACUUUUUCAACA